AGUGUCUAUUAAUAGCUGUCACAUGACUAUUGUCACGUGGGUUGCCUUGCCAACUCGUAAACCAAAAUGGAGUAUACAGGAAGCUCCUACGAGGGAGAUCGCACAAAUGGACGACUAGAAGGAAAAGGAAAUUACACAUUUCCCACAGAGACAAGGUAUGAAGGAGACUUGAAAGAUGGAAUGUUCCAUGGAAAAGGAACCUUGUACUUCCCAAAUGGCAGCAAGUAUGAGGCCUCCUGGGAAUAUGGAAGAGCUAUAGAGGGUAAAUACACAUUUGCAGAUGGCUUGCCGUAUGAAGAAGAGAACUGGGAAUAUUGUGAUGGAUAUGACAGAAGAUUUUACACAGAAAUAAAAAAUGGGCUCAAGCCUGCAGGUCGUUCCCAGUUAACCAAUCGUGUUCCACCUAGAGAUAUUCCAGAGGGAUGUUAUGACUGUGGAGAUGGUUUCUAUGAUCCAAAGACAAGGGUGGUUGUAGAUUAUAACAAAAAAUUCCUCAGAAAUGCAGAUGAUGACGAGCAUAAUUGGAUCGUAAAGACUUGUCGGAAAGGAUGGGACGAGUAUGUGGGCUUCAAACAAGCUGUAGUCUGAUAGAUCUUCCUGUGUGCAAUCAUUAUUUUAGUGGUCAAAAUUUGUAACAAAAAUACACUUUAAAAGAAUUUUAUUUAUAAAUCAUUUUCAUGGCAGAAACAAUUGAGGAAAAAUAUAAAGGUAUAUUCUAAGUUUUACUGAAGUUACAAUGAUGUAUGUGAAUUCUGUAUUUUGUAACUUCAGAUUCAUACAAAAAGUAAAUUCCGGUAUUUUACUUUAAUGCUGUUUUAAUUAAGGAAGUUUUGAAAUAUUGUUAAUACUUGUACAAUGAUCAUGGUCUUGUCUUGCUGUUUUUGUACAUUAUUUUUUAAUUUAUCUAUGGUUUUAACUUUUAUAUGAUGCUGUAAAUAUCAAAUAAAAACAUAUGUAAUACUA